CCCCCCUUCUGUAAAUGACAACGCAUUAGAUUGUGGGCUCUUCCUUUGAAGCCUACUGAGGUUUUAUCGCCAUCUUCGAGGGACUUUCGAUUUAACACCGUUACUUUGUGGCCGCUGUUUGUGAUUUUUAAAGAUGGCGACAAAUAUUGCGUCUCAUGACGUCAGGAACAUCGUCCACAUCCCCGAGGAAGGGUCGAGCGUUGACGUUGAGAUGUCGGACACCGAUGGAAUGGAGGUGGAUGACAACGUUCCACGUGACGGUGAUAUACCCAGGUUUUCCCUCCUAAAAGAGUUUUCCUGUACUGUUGAGGGUGUAAAGGGUGACGAGGUGCGUCCAGACAUCAGGUCGGUGUUGGUACUGAAAUCAGGUGUCAUAUUGGCCGCGGAUUGGGCCAAUUGCUGUCUGAAGGCUUUCUGCCAAAAAGGAACUUUUCUAGGGGAUCAUUACUUCGAUAAAAUCGGCAAAGACGCUGGUCGGAUACAAGGAAUUUGCCGUAAGGACGAAGACACGGUCCUUGUCACGCUGCCGUCUUUGAAAAAGAUCGCCACGAUCACUGUCAAGUUACGGGGAGGUAUAGUGAAGUUUUUGACAGUAAUGCAUACGACCAAAAGGAGAUAUUUCGGCAUCGCGCAUCUAUCGGAGAUCAAACAAAUCCUGGCCGGGACAACAGAUACCGUGGACAUUUUAGGCUACAAUAAUUGCUGUUACAUUGAAUCAUUAAGAAACAGUUUUGAGAACCCUUAUAACAUGGCGACCGAGUCCCCCAGCUCGGUGUUAGUGUCCGACUCGGGACGGAACUGUUUGUUCCGUAUACAUGCGGACCAACGAGUAAAGAGAAUACCUGUGGCUGAUACGACACUUCGGCUCAGAGGGGUCACUGUGGAUGGCAAUGGAAAUGUAUUUUUCUGCGGACUGAAGAACGGAGGAAUCGGAUGGGUGAACAGCCUGGAUGAGAGCAUGGGCGACGUGAUGCCUGACGGGUCAUGUCUCCGGGAUGGUGUGGGGAUCUCCUUCCAGAAGACUGACCACGGCCGAUGGUUGGCUGUGUCGGUCAGCACGGGCAGCGUGAUGGUCUACAGGGUCACAUAUGGCGCUUAGAGACGCCUAAACAGUGAAUUGUACUCAUUAAAAAUAGAUGUUCAAUUGAACACUUGCCCAUUUC